UCCCCCUCUCUCUCUCCGCCAGCUUUCCUUAUAUGAAUGCAGCUCUUUCGGCUUCGUUCUCUCCUUUUCAGCUCCACCUUUCACCGCAAAGUUGCAACCCAACCACCUCCACCUCCACCUCCACCUCCUCUUUGCUUUCUGGUGCUGAAAUUCAUACUCCUCCACAAAAGCUUUCAACCAAUCUCUCUUCUCUCUCUCUCUCUCUCUCUCUCUCUGCAUAAUCAUUUCUGGGCAGAGUCUCUCUGAUUUCGACGACGACGACGAUGAUGGCUGAGAAGCACCUGCACGAAUUGCUCCGAGAAGACCAAGAGCCCUUCCAUCUCAAGAGCUACAUCUCGGGCAGGCGUAAGGAUUGCCUGCUCAAGAGCCCCAAGAAACGAAGACCCAUCUCGCAAAACUCAAGCUUUGGCCACAAUUUCUGCAAGAACCCAUGCUUCUUCGCCUCCUCCCCAGACCCAACAAAAUCCCCACUCUUCGAUCCCCAGGCUCGAGCCCUGACGGAUAAAAAUGCCAUUUUUCUCCACGUCCCGGCUAAAACAGCCGCUCUGCUUCUUGAAGCUGCUCUCAGAAUUCACAACCACAACGAGGACAACCGCAACAGCAAGAACAAGAACAAUCCUUCUUCUGCGAAAGCUGCAGGCGUUGGGAUGUUCAGCUCGCUACUGAGAAGACUGUCGAAACAGCGGAAGAUCAGAGGACAAGCGGAGGAGGAAGCUGGCGAUCAUGGGUCGAAGCUCUCGGUGAAGGACGUCCUGCGGCCGAGAAGAUCUCUCCGUGCCAGCAAAGAAGACGACGACGAAGAGUUCAUGGGUUCAUUACUAGCAGAAAAACAGGUUGCUUUUGUCGCCAAAUCAAGGGUAGGUGCGGAAUCUUCUCGGCGUGAUGAUAAUUUAUCAUCAAGCGAAAGCGAAAGCCCCCGUCCAUUUAUGCUCCAAAAGAGCCCGCCGUCGGGCCGCCGUACUCCGGAGUGCCGGUCGCCGGCGGCAUCGCCUAGUCCCCGUGACCCGAAGGACGAGGACAAUCGCGAAGCAAUGAGCUUGAAGAAAUUCGUGUCACGAGAAGCGGUGGAGGAGGAGGAAGAGAAGGAACAGUGCAGUCCGGUGUCGGUGUUGGACCGUUCGUUCAAGGACGAUGAGGCGGAGCACACCAACGAGGAUUACAAUGGCGAUGAAGACUGUGCAUUCGACUACGAGGGCAGCUACGCCCUCGUACAAAGAACAAAGCAGCAGCUCCUGCAGAAACUUUACAGAUUCGAGAGGCUUGCGGAGCUAGAUCCGGUUGAGCUGGAGAAGCGAAUGCUGGAGCAGAUCAGCGACGAGGAAGAUGGCCCAGAAGAGGUGAUGUCUAAGUAUCAUGAUGACGAUUUUGAACCCGUGAGCAUAGAAAAAGGCCGUGAUGGUUUCGCCAAACGAUCCCUGAUCAGGCCGAGCCUUCGUGCCCUGAGGAAUGCGAGAGCCCCAAGUGAGAUGAGGAGGCUAAUCAUUGACGAGGACAAGCAAGGACAGCAGGCUUAUGUGGUGGGGUCAUGGAAGGGGGUUGAUUUUAGCACCAUUGACAUGAUGGUGGAUCAAGAUUUCAUCAGAGAUGAGGCCGAUGGACUAUGGCAGAGGAGCAAUAACAACAAGGACCAGGUGGGGGACACUGCAACAGAGAUAGAGCUUGCUAUUUUCGGAUCAUUGGUACAAGAACUGUCAGAGGAAUUAUCAUGUGGUUCUGGCAGCAAGUCUUAGGGAAAGGUGGAAGCUUUUAUUUGAAAUGUCGAAGCUAGUUCCCACCCGCCUGUUGAGUUGAGUUCUGGUUGACGUUCACUUGAAGAGGAUUUGAAAAAACUGAAGCAGUUGGUUUGGGGAGGGAUAGAGACUUAACACACUGUGGAUCAUCUGGGGAAAAGGGAACAGAAGGAAACAAGAAAGAAAAGAGAGACAUUUAGUGGAAUGAGAGGAUCUUAAAUUGGUGUAGCCUGUACCUUUUUGGGUCCAUCCAUGUAUAUAUUUGAAUAGUUAAGCAAUGGAGAAUGUGGUAUGAA